AUGCUGCUGAAUAGGCUGGUUGAAUUAAUAGCGUUAUUGGUUGGCUCUGCUGCAUACUUUAAAUUCGUAGGCGGCCAACUCACCGGCUAUCCAGAUUCUCAAAAUCCACCCAAUGGGCUGAUAGCUCCUGCCGGGAAUAUAGACUUUUCGGAAUUGACUUUAUCGUUAAUGAACGAUUUUGUGCUAAUGGCGCAAGUGUUUGUCACCUGCAUUCCAUCAAUGGUGCUAGCUGCGACCACGCCACUUUUUGUAAAAGUGUCGUGCUCGUUCAAUUUACUGAGUGUACUCUCCUUACUUGCGUUGGGUAUCCUUGACGGAUGGGAUCGAUUAGAUGAAAGUGGGCCCUUCCGCUUUCAAAUGAAGGGUCUUUUUGAAUCUUGGGCACAAAACCAUACAGUCGAUGCCAGUGACAUGACAAAAAGAGACCUUCCCUCGAUUCGCAAUCCGUUUGAAGAGGUGUGCAAAAAUUUGGGUUUACAUGCAGACAUGUAUGUAAGAGUAGACACAUUAAAGAAUCAAAGAAUGAUCUGUAGCUCUUUUGAGGUAAGCCAUUCGUCCUUUUUCCACAAGCCAUUAUUCCAAGAGAUGUGUGUCACUAAAAAAGGUCUCACGAGAUUUGGCAAGAAUCGCUUAACCAGGAUGCCAAUAAAUACAACGAGAAAAUUGGCAAAUUUUUUGAUACAUGGAGGAAUUAUAAAAACUGCGAUAAAUCCUCCCUUGUAUCUUUUCAAUAUUAUUCAAGCGUAUGGCGAAUAUGCGGAGGAAGUUACGCAGAAGAUGUACGAAAUGAUUACGGUCAUGAACUCAAAAACCUGGGAUGGUGCUGAUAUUUCAUUGACUCUACAUGAGGAUGAAAAAUUACUGAUGUCAAUUACUUACAGGCGCGGUGGUGCCACGAUUUAUUGA